GUUUACGUUGAAUGCACUUUACGUUAACAAAUAUCGUUUUUUGCUUCCUGUCAUAUCUGGUAUAAAAGUGAUGAACUUUCAACGUUGUCACAGACCGAAAAUAGUUUGUUUAGUGAAGAUCACUCACUGAACACAAUCGAUUCUUUAACUAGAGUUGAAAGAAAACGAAAGAAAGAAAAUGUUGCAAAUUCCCGUCUGCUUAUUUCUAAUUGGUGUACUGCAUUGCACAAGCGCACAAAAGCCCACAAAUCUCUGCGCCGGAUGUGUAAUGGUAAAUGGAGCCGGGUACAACGACCAUGUUGACUGUGACAAAUAUGUCCAGUGCCAUGAUGAUGGAACUGGCGUUCUUGUUGCCGAAGUAAUGGAUUGUCCCUUCGCAACCCACUGGGAUAUGGAAAGUUUAACAUGUCUACCAAUCGGUGAUACGCCAUGCGGUAAUGACAAAUGUUUAAGCCUGGCCAAAGAUUCAGAAUAUAGUGUUGCCACAAACUGUAGGGGAUACAUGAAGUGUGUGGGCAAAAAGUCUAAACCAAUGUGCUGUGCUUACAAUCAAACCUACGUUGACGGUACUGGAUGCGUUGAUGACGUCAGUGACGUAUGUAAUGACACUUGUUUUGGCGUCAGUGAAAGCACUCUGUAUCCAGCUAAGUGCGACAUGUUUCCUAUAGCGGGUAAACCUGCGAAGUAUGAAAGGUACGUUGAGGGCUGGGGUAACCUACCGUUAGAUUGUCCAAUAGGCACAUUGUUUCUAAAAGACGCAUGCGCCUGUAUCGGACUGACUGACGUCAUUACAAGGAAAAGGGUUUGCAAGCCUGAGAUACAUCUUCCUUUCACCAGAGAUCACAGAGACGAAUCUGGUAAAAGGCACUACGUCUACAAUGAAAACGUGGUAAUCACAAACGGUGUAGCGGAAUUCAAUGGCAAAAACAGCAGACUGGUUAUCCCAAGAUUUACCAAUUUAGAACACAGCACCACGGUAGUUAUCAAGAUUAAGUACAGCUCAAAGCACGGAGACGUGACUGGUAUGGGACAUGCUCUUGUUUCCAAUAGCGACUGUAAAACUCCCCCGUCCAUCAUGCUUUCUGAAGACAACCGUAACAUUUAUUUUGGGGUUGGAACAGAUGCAUCUAAAUUUGCCUACACAUCUGUACCACAGCUUCCGGUUAAUCCUGAUGUACCUAAAUCUGAGAAGAUAGUCGAAUACAAGUUCAAUAAUGGUGAGCUGAUGGGGAGCAAUGGUGUUGACACAAACAAGAAAGCUGCCACGGGUUAUCUGCGUAAUGUAAGAUGUGCUAUUCAAAUUGGACACGCCGUAGAUCUCAUGCCUUUCGAUGGAGAGAUUGAUGAGGUGACCAUUUAUCUGUGUGACCCUGAUCAACCUUAAUUACACUGACUGUACUCUAUAACUGUUAUCAUUUUUGCCACGUGUAAUUCACUGUAUUCGUACCAAGUCUCAGUUGUGUAGAAACAUAGAAAUCCUUGAAGAUAAGCUAUUUAUUUCAACAAAAGUAAAACAAUGCUCAUUUUACUUUGGAAGAA